AUGUUUCAUGGAACAAUCAUAGAAGAACUAACCAAUCACGAAGAGUGGAUUCACUAUAAUGAAAAUAUAAUAGAAGAUGAAAAAGAUUUUGUUUUUAUAAAGUUCAAUGAACUUCAUUUAUAAUCUAUGGAAAUUUUGCAAUCUUGCAUCUCUCUUAGAGUAUGCAUUUUCUCAAAUAACUUUAUUACAGAUAUACAUCCAUUUCAAACUAUAAAAUUAAUCAAACUUGAUCUCCAUGGAAAUCAGAUAAAAAGUCUACCAGAUACCAAAUUUUGGAGUGGAUUAAAGAAUCUAAAACUCCUCUAUCUUCAUGACAAUGGGUUUGCAAAGUUGAAAAGUUUAUGUGCAUUAUCUGCCUGUCCAGCCCUCAUUGGUCUCACCACGUUUGGUUGUCCAGUAAACCUUAGAAAAGGAAACACACAUGUUCUUGUGGACAGUAUUUCAACUCUCAAAGCUCUGGAUCAUCAUGCGAUUUCUGAUGAAGAAAAGAUUCAAAACUGGCAUCUUCUUGAAAGAUUCAAAACAUGUAAUGGCCAACUUUUCUUUAACUUCUGCCCUGCUUUGAGAAAGUUAAUUGGCUUCAUUAUUUCAUUUUAA